AUGCAUGUGUCUCUGGCUGAGGCCCUGGAGGUGCGCGGCGGGCCGCUGCAGGAAGAAGAGGUGUGGGCAGUGCUCAGUCAGAGCGCCGAGAGCCUACACGAGCUUCUCCACAGAGAUCCCUCAGCCCUUGGUUUUAUCAUCUCGCCAUGGUCACUCCUACUCAUGCCUUCUGGAAGCGUCUCUUUCACAGACGAGAAUGUGACUCAGCGGGACCUAACGGCCUUCACAGCCCCUGAAGUUCUGGAAGGCCUCAACCUGACCUCUGUGUCUGAUAUGGAGAAGAUGCACAUGUACUCUCUUGGAAUGACACUGUUUUGGGGGGCAGAUUAUGAGAUUCCUCAAAGUCAGCCCAUGAAGUUGGGAGAACACCUUAACGGCAUUCUGCUCAAGAUGUGUGAUGACUCAACGCUCACGCGCUUGUCAGUGCGCACCGUUCUGGACGCGUGCAGCACGCACAUCCGCAGCUCCAACUGUGAGCCCUCCUUCUCUUACAUAAGGAAACUGGUGCGGCUGGUGCUGGGAAGCCUCUCUCAGCUGGAUGGUUUGUUGUCUCAGACAGAGAGAGAGUCCUUGCCAGAGAGGAGUAAGGAGAUUCGCGAGCGCCUGAGGGGAAAAGGAUUACCUGCAGGGAGAAGUGCAGCCCAUCGUGUACUUGAGCGGUAUCGGGCCAGGACCCAAGAACAAGCCAACCUGAACCGCGGCCUGAGUCGCUCCAUGGGCUCCCUACCCAUCCAGGACCUCCUGAGAGCAGAUGAAGGAUCCCUUCAGUACCCCGCCUCUGAAUACAACCCCGGUUCCGAAUCCUCUGCCGAAUUUCACCAGCAACAGCAACAGCAGCAGCAGUUGCUCCAGCAGGCCGGCUGCCUGGUCCCCCGCCGCGGCGACCACAGGAAGAAGAACUGGACGUCCUCGGUGGACCUGGCCUGCUUCGACCCGGAGAUGCUCCGUUUCGGAGCGCUCGAGGACGCCCGACGGGGCAGCAGCGCCCUCAGCACGCGCUCCACGGGCCGGAUCAAAUCCUCCUCCCGCACCAGAGACACGCGCUACUCCGAUUUCGGAAGCCUGGAGACCCGAAAAGCCCACCACAUCUCAGCGCUGUCUGUAAGCUCAGCCAGUCACAGCGCCUAUGACCGGAUCAGAGAAAGACAGAGGAAGCUACACGCCCUCAACCAAGCCAUGGAUGAUCCUCUGCACACUCACAGAAGGUACCACAGUGACUACAGUUCAUCCAGUGAGAGUCCUUCUGUAACAUCCUCAGAUCCAGACUACCGAAUAGCUAAAAAAACAGAGGAUAUUAGAAGAUAUAGUUCCCAGGUGGGCCUGUCGGAGCAUGAUGCUGUGUCCCUCGGUAGCGGGCAGAGACAUAGGCUCUUUGAGAGCGGUUCUAAGGAGGAAGAGAGGCUCAGGCUGCAGGCUCGGCUGUCUCGAACCAGCCUCUACCCCAGUGAAGACCGCCACACCUCCAUCAUGGACCUGAGAGAACCUCUAAGGAGCAGCCCCCUGGACGGGGGCAUCCAGCAGCGGAAACCCAAGAAUUUCUUUGGUCCUGAAUUUGUGAAGAUGGCCAGUGAACCUUGUGUGGUGCUGGACGUCCCACCCUCCAUUAUGAACAAGCGUGGAAAAGUGGAAGACAUGCAGAGGAAGGUGGGUGUGGUGCUGCUGAACGGACAGAAGUUGGAGGUGUGCUGUGAUGUGAAAGCUGUGUGUAAGGAUGUGGUGGAUAUGGUGGUGGCCCACGUGGGGCUGGUGGAGCACCAUCUCUUUAGCCUGGCUUAUCUGAAAGAUGAUGAGUUUUUCUUCAUCGAUUCUGAUACCAAGCUUUCUAAAGUGGCACCGGAUGGAUGGAAGGAUGAUCCAAAGAAGAAGAAAACAGACAGCAACUUCAAUCUCUUCCUGCGCAUCAAGUUCUUCCACGAUGAUGUUAACUUCAUCCAGCAUACCAUGACCAAACAUCAGUACUACUUGCAGCUGCGGAAGGAUAUUCUGGAGGAGCGGAUGCGCUGCGAUGCUGAGAACUCCAUCCUUUUGGCAUCUCUGGCACUUCAAGCUGAGUUUGGAGAUUACCAACCUGAGCUCCAUGGAAAGACAUAUUUCAGACUGGAGCAUUAUCUUCCAGCUUCAGUGCUCGACAGGAUAGACCAGUCUUCCAUUAAAGAAGAGCUCCCCAAACUGCAUAGCACUUACUACGGAGCCAAUGAAGAGGAGGCUGAGUAUGAGUUUCUGAAGGUGUGCCAGCGGCUGACAGAGUAUGGGGUGCACUUUCACCGAAUCCUGCCCGAGAAGAGAUCUCAGACAGGCAUUAUGCUGGGUGUCUACUCUAAGGGCGUGCUCAUUUUUGAGGUGCUGAACGGAAACCGCACCCCUGUUUUGAGGUUCCCCUGGAGAGAGACUAAGAAGAUCUCUUUCACUAAAAAAAAGAUUUGCCUCCAGAACACGUCCGACGGGAUCAAACACCAGUUCCAAACGGACAGCCAGAAGACUUGUCAGUACCUGCUCCAUCUCUGCUCCGCACAGCACAAGUUUCAUCUACACAUGAGAGCUCGACAGAAUAACCAAGAACUGCAGGACCUUGAGAAUUCCCCUCUGAGUAGUCUACAGUACGCUGCAGAUACAGAGGGAAUGGGGAGAGCGAUCAGCGCGGUCAGUUUGGCCCCAAGCUCUACCGGCUCACGUUCAGACGCUGACCAUCUGAAGAGGAUCUCUCACUCAGAGAUGGCCCUAAACCAGGGACUCCCAGGUCUACUCCCGGCCCCUGUCGACGCGCCUUACCCGGGCUUCAGCACCAGCUCAAACCCCCGGUCAAAGAGUCGCUCCCACCACAACCUGGGCCAGGUUCCCGAGUCCCCCGAACACCGGGCCAUCCCCUCCCAGCUGCUAGCGUCACACCAGCGUGCCAGCUCCGACACAGACUCCAUCGCCGUUAACAGACCACAGGAAACAGUCUUUGGCUCCAUGGCCCACGGCAGUCCCAGCUGGAGUCCCAAAAGCUUGAAGAAGGAGUCUGACUCAUCGUCCUGUGAGGACACAGCCCAUGCCUACGUCGUAGGGGUGAGCAUGCACAGCUCUGGUGUGCCCUCCACUCCUGCCACCCUCUCUGUUAAUGAUUCUCUGAAGAAGAAGCUGAAUGCCUUGCCUUCUCCAGAGAGAGAGAUUACAACUGUCAAUCUGAAAAAGGAUGUGAAGUAUGGACUGGGUUUUCAGAUUGUUGGAGGAGAGAACUCUGGCAGGAUGGGUCUAGGGACUCUGAUCAGCUCCAUCACGCCAGGAGGUCCUGCUGAUAUUAAUGGGUGCCUUAAACCAGGUGAUCGUUUGAUCUCAGUGAAUGACGUGAAUCUGGAUGGUCUUCCUCAUGAUGCUGCUGUCGAAAUCCUUCAGAAUGCUCCUGAUGAUGUCACACUGGUGGUUUCUCAACCCAAAGAGAGACUGUUUGAAGGUUCUCCUUCGGGUUUUCCUAACUACAAAACCAAGGCGCCUAUUCCCACGCCCACAAAGAGACAGGAAAUAGCUCUGGAGUCUUCCUCUGAGGAGCACAUUAGCACCCUCAACCCCCCUCUAAAUUCAGCGGUGACAAACCCCUCCCAAACGGCUCCUGCAACCAAACGCCAGGAGAGUCUCAGCUCCCAAGAUUCUAGAACAGAGAGUGCCAGCCAAUCACAAUCUCAGCUCAAUGGCUUCCAUCGGAACCUUUCCACUGAUGUCUCUACCACAACUGUCAGCGGCCCUACUGAACUUACACCACCCGCUCUACCUCCCAAAACCAGAAAAGCUAAAAUCGCAGAGAUGGCCAAAGAGCCAGAAUAUUCUGAUCGAGGAGAUUCUGACAUGGAUGAGGAAACAUAUUCAAGUAGUCAGGAGAAACAUAAGUCAAAAAAGGAGUUCUCUCCCAGCAGCAACAUGGGAGUUUUAAGUGCUAGUGCCCCAGGGGUCAGUAGUCUCCGACCUGGAGAUCUAUUUGACAUUGAGCUGUCCAAAAUAGACAGCAGCCUGGGCCUAAGUGUCACGGGUGGCUCAAACACAACAGUGAAGCAUGGUGGGAUAUAUGUAAAAUCAAUCAUCCCUAAGGGAGCAGCAGACCUGGAUGGCCGCAUCAAGAAAGGGGACCGUGUGGUGGCAGUGAAUGGGAAGAGCCUGGAGGGAGCCACUCACAAACAGGCAGUGGAGGUUCUCAGGGACACAGGGCAGGAGGUUAUCUCUGCUCUGCGAGGCACUGGUCAGGAAGUCACACUUCUUCUCUGUAGACCCAGCCUUGGGGCCUUGCCUGACAUGGACUCCUCGGCUCUGAGUCCCAUGUCUUCUCCUCGUAAAGAAGCCAACGUCCCAUCAGACUCCAACAUGCCCAAAAAGGGGGCUCAGUCCCCAGCAGAGACCCAACGGGCCGUGGGCCCUGUGGAGGAGGCUCUGGAGAGACUGCUGAAGAAGUCGCCAGGGCGACGGGACAGCUACAGCGACACCACUGAGGAUGAAGAGGUGGAGGAGGCCUUCAGCCCGGCUCUUGAGCAAGCAUGGGACAGGAGUACUUACCAAACCCCCAGCAACAGCCUCACUCUGGGCAGACUCAGCCAGUAUGAGACCCCCUGUGAGCUGGAUGAUACCGUUCGGUCAGCCUACUACUCUCCCAACCAGUCCGUCAACAGAGGUGGUCCAACAGAGAGAGACACAUCUGACAGGCCAGAUGAGAGCAGCACACUGAAUCCAAGCCCUGAUCCAUUGCCUCCACCUUUACCUGCACCCAUGAACCCCUCCAUCCCUGACCACAACCAGGACAUGGACGAGUUUGUGCCUGAGGCAGAGUUGCGUGUAUCCCUGGUAAAGUCUGAGAAAGGAAGUCUGGGAUUCACACUGACUAAAGGAAAUGACCAGAGCUGUUACAUCCAUGAUAUCAUUCAAGAUCCCGCUAAAGGGGACGGCAGGCUCCGCCCUGGAGAUCGGAUGAUCAUGGUGAAUAAUACAGAUGUCUCCCAUAUGGGACACACUGAAGUAGUAAACCUAGUCCGUGCUGCACCAAGAGUGGUAGACCUCGUUGUUGGGCGUGUUCUAGAACCUCCCAAACCACCAAUAGAAGCUCACCUACUGCCUGACAUCAGUUUUAAGUGCCAUGACAACAAUUUAGGUCUGAUACUGGGUGGAGGCAGAGACAGUGAGCUGGGAGUGCUGUAUGUGAAGGACAUUGUGCCAGGCUCGGUGGCUUCUAUGGAGGGCAGUCUGAAACACUUGGACCUGAUCCACUACAUCAACGGAGCACCAACACAAGACCUCACUCUCAGCGAGAGUCGCAGACUACUGGAACUUUCUCUCAAAGACCUGACGCUGAAGGCUACCAGGGAUGGAGUGCCUGUAAGUCCAGGACAGGAGAAGAUCUCCAUCUUAAACAACAACGUCAGUCCCAAAAUCAACUUAUCCUCUAGUAUGAAUGGUUAUCUCCACUUCAAUGAUCGCAGUGAUUUAGAGGUCAUCUCAAGCAUGUGUCCUUCUGAGGAGCAACUCAUUCACGUGGAAUUGGAGAAGCCAGAGUCUGGUGGGCUUGGCUUUUCUGUGAUUGGUGGAGAGAGGGGUAUCUUUGUCAAGUCAAUCACCCCUGGAGGCACAGCCCACACUGCAGGGACCUUACAAGUGGGAGACCGCCUCCUCAAAGUUAAUGAUGAUUUGAUGACAGGAGUGUCCCACGCUAAAGCUGUCACGACCAUUCGUAAGACUAGAGGGCUUGUUCACCUCAUCGUGUCCCGCCCACCUGACCAGACCCCUGACACAUACCUGGGGUACCUCCCCCUCAACAACAAUAAGACUCAUAAUGGAAAUACAGACUAUGAUAUGGGUUCAUUGGAGCGAGAGAAGAAGACUGACAGGAACACUGACCUAUCAGAGGACACAGACUGCGAUGGCUCCUCCCUCCCUGAGGACUCUCCUGAGACCUCCAGAAAGGCAGAGUGGAAAGAAGAUUAUGUUGAUCCUCCACAGAACAAGAGUUUCCUACAGACUUCAUCAGGGCUGCAGGAGGAGGAUGAAAUUACCUGGGGCAGUGAUGAACUUCCCAUAGACAAUAUCAGCUCUAAGUUUACUGAAGAUGGGCCCAUUAUUACAGAGGAGGAGUUGACGUCAUUGCCCCUGGUGAAGGUGGUCCCUGAUGGUCAGUACACAGGGGCUAAACUGAACACUGUGGUACGCAUGCUGAGGGGUCUGCUGGAACAGAAGGUGCCUCUGCAGGAGUUUGAGAAUCUACAGAAUUUGCAGCCUCUGGAUGACUGUUUGAUUGGACAGUCCAAGGAAAACAAAAAGAAGAACAGAUACAAAAACAUAGUCCCCUUUGACACCACCCGAGUCACACUGGGAAAAGAUGGAGGCUACAUCAAUGCCAACUUCAUUAAGAUGACAGUGAAAGACGAGGUCUUCAUGUACAUCGCUUGCCAAGGCCCCUUACCCACAACCCUCGGCGACUUCUGGCAGAUGGUGUGGGAGCAAAAGUCCAAUGUCAUCGCCAUGAUGACUCAGGAAGUGGAAGGAGGAAAGGUCAAAUGUCAGCGUUACUGGCCCGACACACCCAGGACGGCAGAAAUGGUGGAUGAAAGACUUCAGAUUACUCUUGUCAAAGACCAGCAUCUGGACAACUUUGUCAUCCGACUGAUCGAAGUCAAAGACAUCCAGACCAAUGAGAUUCAGAGGGUCACUCACUUAAACUACACUGGUUGGCCAGACCAUGGAACACCCACCCAGCCUGAGCAGCUUCUCACAUUCAUCUCCUACAUGAGGCACAUCCACCAAACAGGGCCCAUCAUCACUCACUGCAGUGCAGGGAUUGGUCGAUCUGGAACCCUCAUCUGCAUAGACGUGGUCCUUGGUCUCAUCAGCAAGGAUGCAGAUUUCGACAUCUCUGACGUUGUUCGGAACAUGAGGCUCCAGAGGCAAGGAAUGGUCCAGACAGAGGAACAAUACAUUUUCUGCUAUCAAGUGAUCUUAUAUGUGCUCAGAUGUCUCCAAGCAGAGGAAAACAUCUCUGGAUAGUAACAUGGACUCCUGCAGAUGCUUUGAUGCUCUUCUUAUAGAGAGAGCCUGAGACAGAGACAUGUUCUUCCCACCUCAGUCCUCACAGCACUCACAACCUUUUCUGACAGAGGAACUACCGUCAUCUUAUCAAGUGUCCUGAAUUGCCUUAUGUUGUGGAAAAAUGCACAACACUCACACUACACAAACAGUGUCACAGGAUUCUCCAUAUCUCCCCAGGUUGAGUCCUCUCCUUUUGGCUGCUACUUCUCAGAAACCCAGAGAAACCAUUGAUUUUAUA